ACAGCUUUCGCUUGGCAUCCAUGAUCAUCCCUGCAAUUUCAUUGAAGAGCUCUUAGCCCACCAUGUCAAUGGCGCUUGGAGACAUCUGAGAGACUUUGGAGAAUUUCCAUCUGUUCAACUAGACUACACGAUCAUGUCCUCCAGCUUCGCUCGCUUCCUUGUUAUCAAGCGCUCCAUAUCGUCCUCUCCUCAUCUCUCUCGGAGAUUAAAGCAAACAGAAGAUGAGAUAGUUAAGAUGUUCAAGCUCCCUAACACCAGAGAAAGCUCUGUCCUCCCUCCAAUGUCUUCUCGGACGCCGAAGAGUGAUCCCUCAGCCCGUGCACUGGAUGAGAGGUUUCUAAGAAUACUGAAGAUAUUCAAAUGGGGUCCUGAUGCAGAGAAAGCAUUGGAAGUGCUCAUGUUGAGGGUGGACCGCCGAUUGGUUCGGGAGGUCCUCAAGUCAUCUGUUGAAAUGCCUGUGAAGAUACAAUUCUUCAAAUGGGCUGGAAAAAGAAAGAAUUUUGAGCAUGAUUCGACGACGUAUAUGGCCUUGAUACGUUGUCUUGAUGAUGCCGGCCUUGUCGGGGAAAUGUGGAAGGUGAUGCAAGAGAUGGUGCGAAGCACUUGUAUUGUCACGCCGACAGACUUAUCAGAGAUUGUUAAGAUUCUUGGCAAGGCAAAGAUGGUAAACAAGGCGUGUUCGAUCUUUUAUCAGGUGAAAACUAAGAAAUGCCAGCCUACAUCGCAUACUUAUAAUAGUAUGAUCAUUAUGUUGAUGCAAGAAGGUCACUAUGAGAAGGUUCAUGAACUUUACCAUGAGAUGUGCAAUGAAGGUUAUUGUCUUCCGGAUACUGUGACAUACAAUGCACUUGUCCAGGCUUUCAGUAAAUUGGGUAGAGAAGAGUCUGCUGUUAGACUGUUUGAGGAGAUGAAAGAGAACAGGCUACAACCAACUGCCAAGAUCUAUACUACUUUGAUUGGAUUGUUCUUUAAAUCCGGGAAGAUCGACAAGGCGUUGUCUUUGUUUCAUGAAAUGAGGUGCAAAUGUUGUACGCCAAAUGUGUUUACUUACACUGAGUUGAUAAAGGGGCUUGGUAAAGCAGGGAGAGUAGAGGAAGCUUAUGGCUUUUAUCUUGAAAUGCGACGAGAGGGUUGUAAACCAGACACUGUGCUCAUGAAUAAUCUAAUUAACAUUUUCAGCAAAGCCGGGCGCUUGGAGGAUGCUAUUAAGCUAUUUGAGGAGAUGGAGUCUCUUCAAUGCACACCAAGUGUAGUUACCUAUAAUACAGUUAUCAAAUCACUUUUUGAAUCUAAAUCACAUGCAUCUGAUGCUGCUGCUUUGUUUGAGAAAAUGAGGAGGCAAGUCACUCCCAGUGCUUUUACUUAUUCAAUUGUCAUUGAUGGAUAUUGCAAGAGUAAUAGAUUGGAGAAGGCAUUGAUGCUACUUGAGGAGAUGGAUGAAAAUGGUUUCCCUCCCUGCCCAGCGGCUUAUUGCAGUAUCAUUGAUGCUCUUGGAAAAUCAAAACGGUAUGAAGCUGCCAGUGAGUUAUUUCAGGAAUUGAAAGAAAACUGUGGUUCUUCUACUUCUAGAGUUUAUGCCGUGAUGAUCAAGCAUUUUGGAAAAUGCGGUCGGCUCAAUGAUGCUAUAAAUCUUUUCGAUGAAAUGAAGAAACUUGGCUGUGUUCCUGAUGUAUAUGCAUACAAUGCUCUGAUGUCUGGUAUGGUAAGGGUUGGCAUGAUGGAUGAAGCUUAUUCCUUGUUUUGGACAAUGCAGGAGCAGGGCUGUGUUCCUGAUAUAAACUCUCACAAUAUCAUUUUAAAUGGAUUGGCAAAGGUCAGAGGUCCAAGUCGGGCAAUGGAGAUGUUAUCGAACAUGAAAGAGUCUCUGGUUAAACCAGAUGCUGUAUCAUACAACACGAUACUUGGUGCUUUUAGCCGUGCUGGUAUGUUUGAAGAUGCGGCAAAGCUAAUGAAGGAGAUGAGUUCAAAGGGAUUCAAAUAUGAUCUCAUCACAUAUUCAUCAAUACUUGAGGCCAUUGGAAAGAUCGACGAGGAACCUGCAGAAUUGGUUCAAUAGGAGAAUAAGACAACAACUGUUGCUGAGCCUGAGACCCGGUUGGCGGUUGAAUGUUUGAUUUCUUUCAUACUUCAUGGAACACCUUCAAGAAAGAAAAUGGGGAAAUUCACAUCAUCUAUACUCGGUGCAAAAGGGCUUAAUGUAUCGAACCUGAUGGACAUUCAUUUUAAAGUUCUGUUAUGUGAUGAACCGCUACCAUUUCCGGAACUGGAACUGCUGUUUGCCCAUAACUGAUCUGGGCUGUUCUAACCAUGCAGAGUUCGUCUAGAAAAACCAGGCUGUUGUCUCACUGCAGCAAAACUGAAGGAACUGAUCUAGAAUGAGCAACAACAGCAGGAGAUAUAUUUCAUCUCUUUCAUGAAGAGAGACACAGUAAAAUCAGUUGAUUCAUAUUGGGUUAUUUAAGAUUAAAGCACUCAAGACUUGUGCUAAACAUCACUUUCAGUUUUUCAAGUUGUCAUUACCUUGUGAUACAUCAAAGACAUCAAAUUCUCGCCAAGUGUUUUAUUGUGCAAAAAAUAAGUAUUGGCAUGGACAUGUACAUCCAUAUGAAAGUUCCAUAACAACAGGUAAAAAAAAAAAAA